AUGUUUGCUAGUUUAAAAAGUAAAAUAAAAGAAGAAACUGGAAGUGAUAUCACUAAAUUAACCAGCAGUUGGCGUACUGGAGGAUUUUUAGGACGAAUUUCUUUACGAGAAGAUUCCUCAACUACAAGUCCAACAAGUUCUGGUGGUCAUGGGGAUGGUACUUCUGAUUCAAUAUCACCCCAAUUACAUACCUAUUUAUCGGAUCGUACCGGAUGCCAAGUAGACAAUGCGGCGCUGCAGCAGCAAUACGCAUCACAACUGGAAGCAAAACUACAAGAAAGGGAUGCGUAUUGGGAACAGAAAGUUGAGGAAUUGAAGCAGUCACUUGCAUCAGUCCAAGGAGCAGAAGCUGCAGCUGCACAGGCCGUAGCCCGCAUAGCUCAAGCCGAAGCGGCGAAGGCUAAGGGUGAACGCGAUGCAGCCGUGAGACAACUCAACGAACUGAAGGCUCGACUAGUCGCCGUGGAAACUGCGCAGGACAGACUAGAUGCACUCACGGAAGAAAUAGAGCGGUCGCGUCGCACGUGGGCCCGCGAGCGAGCCGAGCUAACGAGCGCUCUGGGCGAGGCGGACGCGCGCGCCCGCGACCUCGCCGACCAGCUGCAGCUGCUGCGCGCCGCGCUGCCGCCCGCCCACCCGCGCCACCACCUGCACGACGACGAUAAACGUGAAUUAAAAGAGAGUGGUUGCGAUGACUAUGACCGCGUAUGUCGAGAGCGGGCGGUGCUUACAAGACAACUGCAGGAAGCCAAGAUGGCGCUCGCAGACGUCAAGACGUCUUGGAGCGGACAGAUCGCGUCGCUUGAGACACAGGUGGCGCGUUUAUCGCGGCAAGCGGGAGAGGAAGGGGCGGAGAGACGACGUGUUGAAAUGGAGAAGAAAGAAAUACAAGAGAAACUUUCCGAUUUGACAGCUGAACUUGAAAAGACUAGACAAAGCUUGGCUAAUAGUGAAGCUAAGGUGACUAGGCUGAACAACGAAGUGCACACGUUGGCCAUGGAGGUGAAAACACUUCGUGCAGCCGCCGACCACACGGCCGAAAAAACGAUGGAUCUAGAACAACAAAUAGAAACGUUGACAGAAGAAAAUAGGCAAUUAUUGGAGGCGUUAGAGAACGAAAGGGCACUUGUGAAGAUACUGCGCGACAAGGUGGAGAAAUCGAACCAGUUAUACGACGAACAGAAAACGGAAUUUAAUCACUUGAACAGUAUGGUCAUGGAAAUACAGCAUGAUUAUGUUGAUAUACAGAAGAAGUAUGACAAGGAGAGGCGUGAAAAGGACGAAGCGUUGUUACGCAACGCGCACAUGUCACAAACUAUGGAAAUGAGCCAAUGCAACGUUCGAUAUUUAGAAAGCGAAUCAACGGAAUUAAAGGCCAAGAUAACAGAGCUAGAAAAUCUAAUUGCCCAACAUAAGGAGAAUCAAGCAACUUGUAUGUUGAUAAAAGAGAACGAAGAAUCUCGAAAAGCGGAAAUAGAGCAGCUGAAGAAACGAAUAGAUAGUUUGUUGCAGAGUGAAAGUUCUCUCAAGAAGACUAUUCAAGACUUAGAAACUGAAAUCUGUGAUAAAAAUAAGAAAAUAAAGACUUUAGAUAAUCGAAUAUCGGAUAUGAAAAAGACUUUACAACGAGAAUUACAAAGCAGUAAGUCUGACCUCACUUCCGCCGAGGAACAAGAUAUUAGUAGACGGUACCUGAAGCACGUGGUGCUGCGGUUCCUGACGGCGCGCGAGCUGGAGGCGCGGCAGCUGACGCGCGCGCUCGCCGUGCUGCUGCGCCUGUCCGCGCACGAGGAGGCCUCGCUUCGCGCCGCGCUGCCGCCGCGCUCCGGCCUCGCUGCCUGGCUGCCCUCGCUCAACACUUGA